UUUUGGUGGUGAAGCAAGCACAACAAAAAUGAAUGAUUUAGAAAAACAAGUGUGAGCGUGACGCCCCCGCGAGUGCCUCCCAUAAAGCCCAUCAGCUGGCACCAGACGCUUCAGUCAGUAUCGUCGCGACGCUCAAAUCAAACCGCUCUCCAUCAUGUCUAAACGCAACAAGGAGUUGGAAGGCGAAGUCCUCACUUGGAUCUUCCAAGUGCUGGGAGAGCCCCUCCCGAAGGGCGAGUUCGAGGACAUCCUCCGUGACGGAGUCGUUCUCUGCAACCUAAUGAACAAACUCGCCCCCGGCAGCGUGAAAAAAAUCCAAGCCAAAGGGACCAACUUCCAAUUGAUGGAAAACAUUCAGCGGUUUCAACAGGCAGCUAAAAAUUACGGCCUGCCACAGGAAGAAAUUUUCCAAACGGCCGAUCUCUUCGAACGGCGAAACAUUUCUCAAGUGGCACUGUCCCUUUUCGCCCUUGGCCGCAUCACGCAAAAGCACCCCGAGUGGACCGGGCCCACAUUAGGGCCGAAAAUGGCCGAAAAAAAUGAAAGGACGUUCACGGAGGAACAGUUGAGAGCGUCCGAAGGGCAAGUGAACCUCCAAAUGGGGUACAAUAAGGGCGCUUCGCAGGCGGGACACGGCGGGUUUGGAAACACCCGUCAUAUGUAAAUCUGGUUUCUUCGAGGCUUUUUAUUAUUUUUAUAAGAUUCUAGGAUAGGCGAAGUAGUUUUAAUUUUUUAUUAGUUUUGAUUUUGUCUCUUUUUGCUUCAAAUUCAUAUUUUUAGACCGGACAGCUGCAUACUAAAAUAGACGCCUAAUGAAGAUUUUGUCGGAUCGAAACUUUAUUAAUGUCUAACGUUUACGUUGUAAAAAUAAAUUGUUAUCACGUC